AUGUCUUCAGCAAGCUCGUCCGAAGAAAUAAUAUCACCCCAUCCAGGACUUGAAGUAGCCCGGCAGGAAGUCCCAUCUGGUGUCUCGUCAACAAAAACGCUGGCGAAAACGCCUUCGUCGAAAUCUGUACACGAACCACUGAAAGUUAUCCCUGUGACUCCGGUUGUAUCCACUCGAUACGAUCUAGUAGAGAGAGUCGACAUUCCUACUAACAAGCUAAGAAUAUUCCCCGGUGGUAGGCAUGAAGGGAAAGGACCCAACCUUUCUAAUUCAUGUGUAUACGACUCGAAAAAGCGACUCACGAGCUGGGAGAAAUACAUUCACCCCGACGGAAAGCCGUAUUUUCGCGACAAAGAGCGUGGACUGGUAACAGAGGUCGACGUGCGAGAGGAGGGUCGUAGAGAGGAGCUUGAGCAGCUCUUCGCUCAGAUAAACGUGAAAUGGACUCAAAAUCCCAUCUCGAAAGAGGACGGGCACUAUGAAUGGUACCUGGGUCUUCCGUCGCACGACACACGUACAGGCAGCUACUACAUUGUGGAUCAUAUGACUCAAGACAUCUUCUGGUUGGAAGACUAUGAAGAAGAGGAGCUACGGACAUACCGAAUUCUGGACGAGAGCGAUCCCAGCGUGUCGAAUUACGAUAUCUUCGUGUCGCGGAAUUUCUAUGCCCACUUGGAGAACUUCCCUUGCCAUACGGAACUGCCUCCCGAAGCGUCAAGCUUCUUGCACGGGACACUGACCUACACUUGCACUGACCACAAGACAUCGCGAGAAUCGGCCACGACGCCGUGGAAUGCUGCAGAUGCGAAGCUGUUCCUCGAACUCCUUGAGAGCCUCGAUGAGAAACACGAGGAGAAUUUGCCCGGCUACGACAAGAGUUACCGAACGUGGUUUAUCGCGCGGCUCCUCUCCCUCAUCUUGCACAGUCGUUCUGUCCAUCGUCACGGCAUGAUCGAUGCCCUCACGGACAGGCUCAUGAACGUGCACUAUACGAGUCGAACCCUGAUCGAUUACAUGGUUGGAUGCCUGUCGCUCUUCACACAUCUUGCAUACGUGCAACGGCUGGAGAACGUCUGGGCUGCGGGGAUUGUGUCAUGUUCGGGCUGGCGUUCACUUGUAUCAGCCUUGCUUAUUGAGUGGUCAGACACUAACCUGCUCGCCACCGUCACCCUUUCGGCGAACAUGGCUUUCUUAGCCCUUAAUGAUCUGAGCGAUAAAGCUCGAACGGGCAGUAUCCUGUCAACACUAUUCGCCGUUGGCUCUAUCGUCGUCGGUCUGCAUCACAUUUGGAGACACAGGGACAAACGCGAAUCAACUGCAGAACAAGCUGGUGUCUACUUCAGAAACGCAUCGCGGAGAACUGGCAAUCUCAAACUGCUGGCUUUCUAUCUCUGCCUUCCCCUUAUCCUUCUCUUGUGGUCCCUACUCGUUUUUACCUGUUCUAUUGCAACCUAUGCCUUUGAGAGUCCUCGCCCUAUGUCAACACAUGGGGUUGCAGGAGGCAUUUUAUUACUCGUGGUCGUUGCAGUGGGUACAACAAUUCGGUUCUUCUGGGGGAUCUACAGUCCCAUGACGUUGUCGUAA